AUGGAUGUUGAGGAGCUGAAAGCGAGAGUGUCCAGAGAUCUCCAGACUCUGGCUGAGUUGACAGGGGCCAAGGCACAUGUCUGGAUGCUUGUGGACGAGGAAGGGGGAACGAAUGGCGCAUGCUCGCCCUCGCUCAAGGACUUCCAUUGGACGUUGAAGGAAGUCGUGAAGGCAGCAGCAGGAGUGUGCUUCGAAGUGGUCAACGACUCACCUGGAGGCCUCCGGAAAGCAGAGUGUCUCAAGGACCUGGUAAACACCAAGCAUGUUGAGCUGCAUCCGAUUGUAGCGGCUCUUAUCAAGGGGCUGAACGAUAUCAACGAUCACAACUUCCCCAGGACAAAGGCCAAAGACGACCCCAGCACAGUGCCGCCCUGGUUCCCCCGCUUCCCCAACUUCGCCAAGGUGUACGCCGAGCGCGUCCAAAACAUGCGGCUGGAGGAGCUGUUCCCCGUCAUGGACGCCAUCUUCGACCACGUCCGGACGUGGGACCUUGCGGACGUUCGCAAGCUCCGCGCCAUGCUUCUCGAGAAGAGCUACCGCCCUCUGGGGGACAGCGUCGGAAACUGGGCCGGCCUCAAGUGCUACUUCGACGCGUUGGAGGCGGAGGCUGCGCAGCGGGGGGGCGGGAACAGGGGUACAGAUGGGGGGGGGGGACCGGGCUCAGGCGCUGCCGCCGAGCUGGAUGCCCUGCGCGGAAACGAUGACCUCAAAGCGGAGCAAGGCAGCGGAGACAGGGUUGAGUUGCUCGCGGCGGCUAGUAAGAAGGCACGCAAGAAGCGUGCACGGAAGGAGCCCCCCAUGGGACUGUUACUUCUCCCUACCGACGUAGGGCGCAGUGGGCAGAGAGAGACCUGGACACUCCCCCAAGCGAGCGGAGAGCCCCCGGCGCAGGGCUCGGGCUUGACUGAGACAGUCAGCGCGGGCAAGAAGUCCCCCGGAACGGAAGUCAGCUCACGCGAAUAUGACGAACCGGUAGUCGGCGGUCCCGGGGGGCACGCGACGGGGCCUUUCGGCCCCCCGGGAGCAGAAAAAGCGUCCUAUUUGGAUGCGCCCAGGGGCCAAAUGGUUCCCAUGGAUGUGGAGGGGGGUAACGGAAGGCAGGGUCCUUCUGAGGCGCAGCUACAAGCGGAAGAUGACGAUCCGGGGUUGGACAGCCUUUCUGUCCUGCCUAUUUGGGACCAGGGGCAACUGCCUACGCUAGACGAAAUCCUCAAUUCGUUGGAUGGCGUUUGCGAAGUCCAGUUUGGGGAUCCGGUCCGGGGGGAGGAGCGCCAGCUUUUGCAAGAGAGAGAGUUCAGGUGGCUGGUGCCGCAACUGUUGGCGUCCGGAGCAUUGGACUUUGCCACCUAUGUCGAUGAGCAGACCCUUCCCGCACACGGAAACUUUCAUCCGCAACGCGACGAGGGCAACGAGCUCCUAAAUGCCGCGGCGGCAUUUAUGCCGCCGCCCGCGGAGCAAUCGGAAUUUCAUCCCAUUUCCCUCGAGCAGAGAUUGGCGAUCCUGGUCCGGGCCAGGGAAGCCGGUCCGGUUCCGCCCGGGAGCAGGGGUUCCGCCCCGGAUUCCGCGGCACCUGGCCCCGAGGCGACAACGCCGUCCCCGACUCUCGAGCGAAGCAACGCCCGAAACGCGCGGCACGGGCUAGCAGCUCCCGUCGAACUCCGCAGUCGGCAGCCCGGCCGCCGAGCAGCGCCGAGCUUCUCCCCAGCCAUGUCCCUGGUUGAGCGGGGGCCGCAUUCGGAAACGACCCCCCCGAAACGGGGAAUCCUGGUCCCGGCAGGCUUCCGAAACCCCAGGCUCUUGUUGCGGGGGGUGGAGCUCCUCUCUCUGAAACGGGGCCCGCUGUCGGGCCCCGACAAAGUGGGGGCGCAUUCCUCCGCCAAGCCGAACCGCGCGCAGACCGCGCCUCCAGAGCUCCUGCAGCCGCAACAAUUGGAAGACAACUCCCCUCGCGCCGGUCCGCACCGCCGGAGGGCUUCUACGGGAAUGGGAAGGAUUCCGUCGCCCACCGCGGGAGAGCAGGAGCAAAGCGCGCCGCUCUCGUUGCCCCCAAGUUCCAUUUCCGGGGCCCUGUUGGACCGCGACGAGCGGAAGAGGGUCGGAGCGGAGUUGCCAGUCGAGACGGCCCGGGCGCAGUCCCUGCACGAUCGGCCCCAUCUCAGCUGUCCGUCAUUCUGGACCGAGUCGACUGAGACGGGGACGAAUACUCUUCCGGGGUCAAGAAACACCGGUGGGGAGGAAAGAAGCGAACCGUUCCCCAUCUCCCGAAGUCCCGGCCCGUCUCCGCAAGUCAAGGCGGAACCCUCCGUGGGUGGCGCGGAAGCGGAAACGGAGGCCCGCGGAACCUUCCCGGCUGAACGGCAGGAGCAAGCACUCCGCCCGGAGAGUGUACUUGCGCCCAGAGGCGUAACUGCGGGCGAUGUGAAUAGGGCCGCGCAGGCGUCGCGGCCAAGCCGUCCGUCGCUUGGCCCCUCCCCGAGGAAUCCUGUUCACACCCUGUCGACCGCAGGGCCGCAGCAGGGUGUGAAGGCCGGCGUUCGGACGGCGCUGCCAGGAUCGGACGGUACCUUAAUGUCCGAUUCGGCGGUCCCUGUCAUCAGGUAUGUUCUGCUGGUGAGAAGAGCAGGCGGAACAGCGGAAAUGGUCGCGGCUGACCCUUCGGACGUUGCGGACGCUGCAUCGGACCCUGUGGCGAACGGUGCGGACGGGAGCUCGGACGGUGCGGCCGCGGAGUCGGACGGUUCGGACGGCAUUUUGAACUUUACGGACGCUGACUCGGACAGUACGGAGGGCAGCUCCGAGUCUGACGGAACGGACGGCAGCUCCGACGGAACGGACGAGAAGAGCGUGGACGGUGAGAGGAGUCUUGGGGACGCUUCAGACAGCGGUGAGGGUGCUGAGGUCACGAGAGAAUUCGACUAUGCGGACGGAGAAGCUUCUGAGGACGCCAUUGAGGUUUCGGACGCUGCGGACAAUCCGGCCGCGCCGUACGGGGCGACUGGCAAACGGGAGGCUCAUGCAAAGAAACCAAACGGAGCAAUGGCAACAGCAGAAUCAGCCACUUCUUGGCGCGGUUCGUACGCUGCGAACCGCCGGGGGUACUCAGAUGCUGCAAUAAAGACGCACGGGGUAGGGGACGCAACCGGUCGCAACAGGCCGCGGGUGAAAAAGGCGGGGCCCCGGGUAAUCGGCUUUGUGCCAGGAUCUCCGGAAGCAGCGCCGACGGACGUUCCGCCCGGCGGAACGCUGGAGACCAGAAUCGUAGAGAAAGAGCGGCGCGCGGCACAGCUGGAAGCGGUCGUUGCUGGCUUGGAGGAAAGGAUGGCCGGUCUCUUGGCGAGUGCGCGCGCGCUGUCGCGGAUGAUUGGUCCGGCGGAAUCGGACGGCGGGGAGAGUCCGUCAAGCGUCCUCCGGGGGCAUCCGACGGCCCAGAGCUCGACCGCGGCCGCGCUGCGCUCGAAGGUCGAGAAACAGAUGACGUCGGACAUUACAUAGACAUCUGAGAUUGAAAAGGCGGUGGCCGCGCAGUGGUGGGCGUUGUCCGAUGGUUGAAUUUCUGAUAGCAUUUUUAUGAUUUUAUUUGUGUGAUCAUACCAAAGACGAGGCGUUCGGUGGAUAAAGAAAGCUUGGGCUGACCCAAAGACUCUGGCGCUGCCGACUGCCUGCGAAGUCUGGCGGGCCGAAAUGAUGUCAUUUAGCGCUCUCGAGGUCUGGUAAGUAGGCUAAAUGAGCCCGGGACGUUUAGAUUGCGUAUAACAUAGCAGGUUAAUGCAAAGGUGGCGUGACGUGUCUGUAUUAUGGAUGUACUGUGUGACUCAGAUCGAUGUUGUAAAAGUCUGAUUGGUAAGCUUCGAUCCGGAACGGCGAAAGUAGAAUAAUCGUAGCAUGUUAUUAGUCAAGAGGAAGUGCCAAAGCAGAUUUGAGAGAAAUGCACUUCAGAAAUGGGUGUGUCUAGGCAAGUUGGCCAUAGGGUCUUUGUGCUGAUACGUGUUUCUGGACGACUCAGCGACAGCUAGCAAACUAGUAAAAACCAAACAGUAUCAGGAAUUCAAAGAUAAGCUUUAAGCUCGAACCAAGUAGCGAAAGUGGGUCACGUACACAUCUGAUAGAUUAGUCGAGUUGGAUCCAAACGACAUUCAGUUAAGCUGACAAAGCCGAUAUGGCUGGUUACCGUG